UGCAAUGAGAGGUUCCAAAAUGGAGGAGGCAUCAUUUUUUGCCGGUAGUUCGCUUAACAGACUAGCCGAAAAACGAGCAGAUGGUAAAUUUAUCUCUGAUCUUUUGAAAGAUAAAAGAUCAUUAUUUUUUCUGUUUGAUGGACUAAAUCCAUUCGCAACAGUAGCUAAAAAUGAAAAUGGCAUAUGCAAUGUUCAACUUUUGGCUUUGAAUGUUGACAACAUCAUAGAAUGUUUCCAGAGACGAGCAAGCAACGAUGGGAUAAUUGACAAGUCUGAUGACAAGAUGUCCAUAGAAAGAAUUUAUCAAGAUGGAAAUGCCAUAUUUCUCGGGGAAAGACUGGAAGAUGGUUUGAAACAUUAUUAUUUUGCAAUAAACCUGACUGACUAUGGCCUAAAGGAGAUAGCGAACUCCGUCUCAUGCGGCAGUGGAAUCGAAAUUAAAAUAUUAAAGUCGAGGCUCGACAUAAUGAAACUCAAAAAGGAGGAUGCAAGUUUAGUGUCUCAAAGCCGAUCAUUAAUAGACUGGAAUCAAAGAUAUCUAUUUUGCCCAACAUGUGGGUCUAGAACGAUUUCACAAGAUGCUGGGUACAAGAGAACAUGCACAGAUGAUAAGUGUUUAAGCCGGAAGGGCAUAUAUAAUACAAGCUAUCCUCGCACUGACCCCGUCGUGAUAUCUGUCGUUACAUCUCCAGACAAACAACGGAUAUUAUUGGGACGAAAAAGCACUUUCCCUCCAAACAUGUUCUCCUGCCUUGCUGGGUUUAUGGAGCCUGGGGAGAGUGUCGAGGAGGCCGUGAGAAGGGAAGUAAGAGAAGAGAGUGGGAUAACAGUUGGCCCUGUAAAGUAUAUUGCGUCACAGCCAUGGCCAUACCCCUCAGUAAUAAUGAUUGGCUGUAUUUCCGAGGCAGAGGAUGAGGAAAUCACCGUUUGUAGCGAAGAGUUAGAGGAUGCCAAGUGGUUUACAAGAUCUGAUGUUGAAAAUGCGCUUGACGGACCAGGGACACUUUUAAGCGUUCCACCGAAACAAGCAAUCGCUCAUAAACUUAUAGAAGCAUGGUUUCAAAGUACACAGGGAGCCAAGCUAUAA